AGUAAAAUUUCACACAGAAUCCGUAUUGCCAGAACAUUAUUCAGGUGCUUAGUUAUCAAUUCAUCAUUUUGAAUUCUAAUACAAUAUGGCUUGGAUGACCUGUAUUUCGUAUUGGUUUGAUGAAGAUGAUUGGUAUGAAGGACAACAAAGCGCAAAAAUGGCACAGGUUAAGCAAGUGGGCCUGUUAGCUGCUGGGUGUCAGCCAUGGAAUAAAGAUGUAUGUGCUGCUAGUGGGGAUAGAUUUGCCUAUUGUGCAACUCUUGCUAUUUAUAUAUAUCAGUUAGAUCAUCGGUACAAUGAAUUCAAGUUAUGGGGAAUUAUGUCUGAGCACAAGAAGACAAUCACAGCCAUUUCUUGGUGUCCCCAUAACCAUGACUUAUUUGCAAGUGCAAGUGCAGAUAACUUACUAAUAAUUUGGAAUGUAGCUGAACAAAAAGUUGCUGCAAAACUUGACAGCACAAAAGGUAUUCCUGCAUCUCUUAGCUGGUGCUGGAAUGCAGGAGAUGCAGUUGCGUUUGUCUCCCAUAGAGGUCCCUUGUACAUCUGGACAGUUUCAGGAACUGAUUGUGGUGUAACUAUACAUAAAGAUGCUCACAGUUUUUUGUCAGACAUCUGUCUGUUUAGAUGGCAUCCCAAAAAGAAGGGGAAAGUAGUGUUUGGACACACUGAUGGAAGUCUUUCUAUUUUUCAGCCAGGUUGUAAAAGUCAGAAACAUGUUCUAAGGCCAGAAUCUCUUGAAGGGACAGAUGAAGAAGACCCUGUCACUGCUCUGGAAUGGGACCCCCUGUCAAUGGAUUAUCUUCUUGCUGCAAAUUUGCACAAUGGCAUCCGUCUAGUUGAUUCAGAGUCUCUCUCCUGUAUCACAGUCUUUAGUUUUCCUAGUUCUGCGGCAUCGGUGCAGUGUUUAGCUUGGGUUCCUAGUGCUCCUGGAAUGUUUAUCACUGGAGAUUCUCAAGUGGGUGUCUUGCGUGUUUGGAAUGUAUCACGAACAACACCAAUAGAUAAUUUUAAACUGAAGAAAACUGGAUUCCAUGGGUUGCAUGUUCUUAGUACUCCUCCAAAGAAAAAAUCAUUUUCUUCACAGUCUCCUUCUAAAAACCAUCACAUGUCAUCGACUAGUGAGGCUGUUCCACCUCCAACUCUUACCCAAAACCAAGCAUUUUCACUACCCCCUGGACAUGCUGUAUGCUGUUUUAUGGACGGUGGAGUAGGACUUUAUGAUAUGGGAGCCAAAAAGUGGGAUUUUCUUAGGGAUCUGGGCCACGUUGAAACCAUCUUCGAUUGUAAAUUCAAACCUGAUAACCCUGACCUUCUAGCUACAGCAUCAUUUGAUGGAACAAUAAAGGUGUGGGAUAUAAAUACUUUAACAGCUGUCUACACUUCUCCUGGUAAUGAGGGGGUAAUAUAUUCACUGUCGUGGGCUCCAGGAGACUUGAAUUGCAUAGCUGGGGCAACUUCCAGGAAUGGUGCUUUCAUCUGGGAUGUUCCACGGGGCAAAAUGAUAACCCGUUUCAGUGAGCAUGGAAAGAAUGGAAUCUUCUGCAUUGCAUGGAGUCAAGAUUCCAAAAGGAUAGCAACAUGCAGUGGUGAUGGGUUUUGUGUUAUUCGAACAAUUGAUGGCAAAAUUCUCCACAAGUACAAACAUCCAGCUGCAGUUUUUGGCUGUGAUUGGAGUCAAAACAACAAAGACAUGAUAGCUACUGGAUGUGAAGAUAAAAAUGUCCGUGUCUAUUACCUAGCCACUAGCUCUGAUCAACCACUCAAAGUAUUCAGUGGGCAUACUGCAAAAGUGUUUCAUGUAAGAUGGUCUCCUCUGAGGGAAGGAAUCCUCUGCAGUGGUUCUGAUGAUGGCACUGUUCGAAUAUGGGAUUAUACACAGGAUGCUUGUAUAAAUGUUCUUAGUGGGCAUAAAGCACCAGUACGAGGAUUGCUGUGGAAUACAGAAAUACCUUACUUAUUAAUAUCAGGAAGCUGGGAUUAUUCAAUAAAAGUAUGGGAUACAAGAGAUGGAACAUGCCUGGACACAGUACAUGAUCAUGGUGCAGAUGUCUAUGGAUUGACUUGUCAUCCUAGCCGUCCCUUCACAAUGGCCUCUUGUUCCCGAGAUUCUACUGUGAGACUUUGGUCUUUGACACCUCUGAUAAAUCCCCUCCAGAUAAAUAUAUUGGCAGACAAAUCAUGGGAUGAGAUCAUCGGAAACACAGAUCGGGCAAUUGAAAUUGGUGUUCCUCCCUUGUUGUGUGGCAAAGUAUCCAGGGAUAUUAAACAAGAAGUGGAUAAAGUGUCGGGUAACCCUCGAGGAAGAAAACUGAGAUGGUUUUCAGAAUGUUUAUCACCCCCAGGAGGCAGUAAGAACUUAUGGGAUCUAGUAGCUGUAAUAAAAGGCCAAGAUGAUAGCAUGCUUCCACAGAGUUACUGCAAAGGAAUUAUGCACAUGAAACAUCUGGUUAGAUUUAGAAUGUCCAAAGCCCAAGAACUUACAACUGUAAAGAUGUCUAAAUUUGGAGGUGGUAUUGGUGCACCUAGUAAGGAGGAGAGGCUGAAAGAAGCAGCAGAGAUACAUCUAAGGCUAGGGCAAAUUCAGAGAUAUUGUGAACUUAUGGUGGAACUUGGAGAGUGGGAUAAAGCACUUUCAGUUGCACCAGGAGUAUCCAUGACAUACUGGAAGAAGCUAAUGCAAAGGAGAGCUGACCAGUUAAUUCAAGAAGAAAAUGAUGAUGUUAUUCCCUACUGCAUAGCUACUGGUGAUGUGAAGAAACUUGUCACAUUUUUUACUUCAAGAGGACAGCUUAAAGAAGCUAUGCUAGUCGCACAGGCAGCAUGUGAAGGAAAUAUGCAGAUGUUCCAGUGUUCUGCAUCAAAGGGAUCAGCAUAUUCUGAAGGAAGCACCAUGGAUGAUUACAAUGAGCUCCUCCAUAAGGUCAGUAGAGAACUUGCUGAGUCGUAUUUUCAAGAUGGCUGUGCAGUGCUGGCUGCUUGUUGCCAUUUAGCUGUUGAGAAUAUUGAGCUUGCCAUGGCAUACCUGAUUCGUGGAAAUGAACUGGAGUUGGCAGUCAGUGUGGGUACUGUCUUAGGAGAAUGUGCAGCCCAAGCAACACAUUAUGCACUAGAGUUACUAGCAAGAAAAUGUAUGACUGUAACAACAUGCUUUCCAUCACUUGGAUACAGGGAUUUAGCAGCAGAUCUGCUCAUGAUGAUUCCCAAUAAUGAACUACAGUUAGUAAAACUUUGUGCUUUCUAUCCUGGAUGCACAGCAGAGAUAAAUGAUCUACAUGAAAAGUGCAGCUUACCAGAUGUCGAAAAAUGUAUGCAAUUAGCAGAGACAGCUCAAAUGGAAGGAAAUACGUUUGAGUCAAUAAAAUAUUUCUUGUUAACUACAGAGCCAGAAAAAGCACUUCCUAUAGGCAUUCAGCAUGUAAAAGAGCACAUCGUCAGUUCAGUCUGGACCCUGGAUUCAGUCUGGCCAUUUCUUGAUCUUUUAAGCUAUAUACGCACAGAAAAGUUACUGCUUCAUAAAUGUAGUGAGUUUCGCAAUGAAUUGUUAAUAUUAUGUGGUUACGUUGGUGCUUUACUGGCUAUUAGAAGACAAUACAUUAGUGUCGUGCCAGCACUUUAUGAAUAUACAAGCCAGCUUUUAAAAAGACGGGAGGUGUGUGUGCCCUUGAAAAUUGAACAACUCUCUGAGGAGCUAGAUGCUUGGAGAGCUUGUACUCAACCACUAAACAAAUCGUCUGAUGAAUGUCCACAUACACCUCCAUCUGAAUCACAACUAGAGAUUUAUGAAACACUACUGUCACGAAUAAAAGAAGAACCUCUGAUAGUAAAGAUAGGGCCAGAUUAUGUUACUGGCUCUAACCUUCCUAGUCAUUCAGAUGUUCAUGUCUCUUGCCUUACAGGCUUGAGGAUACAGGGUCCAGUGUUCUUUCUUGAAGAUGGAAAGUCAGCAAUUUCGCUUAAUGAUGCAUUGAUGUGGGCAAAAGUGAACCCCUUUUCUCCAUUGGGAACAGGAAUACGGCUCAACCCAUUCUAAUGCAAGAAAACACUACUCCACUUUACUAAAAAUGUACAACAAUAUGGUCAUUAUUUGUCGAAGGUUAUUAGACUGAAAUAUUCCUUGAAGAAUAUUUUCAUGAACUCUGCAAAUUGUUCAUUUAAUUUAUAUUAUAGUUAAUAAUCUAAAGAAAGUCACACAUCAUUGGCAACCAUGGUCUAUUUAAAAAGGAUUGAAUAUGCUGUUUCCGUGAACAAAUGUGUGAAAGGCAAAACAGCAAGGGUAGCACAAUUUGAAGCACAUUCAUGCAUAAGUAACUUAUGCCUCUUUGAAAAGUCUCUUAUAAGCUGCUUUUAGAAUUAUGAGCCUACCAUGAGGAGUACCUGAUUCAUGUUUUAGAUUAAAUUAUGCAUUUGUCUCCUCUUGGUGGAAAUUAAGAGCACAGUAUAAGAAGUGCAAAACCCUUGAAACAAAUCAAGUUUAUGCAGCUGUUGUUAAUGAUAGAUUGUGUUCUAAUAAAUCCAAUAAAUGGUUUAAUGCUUAAUGAGUCUAAAUCAAAUGGUUGUAUAAUACAGAUGUCUGUUUAGCGGGUAUUUUGAAAUAUUUAGUUUUACACUUCAACUAACAUGAGAAUUUUUCUUAUAUUUUGAAUAUCUAGAUUUACACUUGACAUUUGUCUUUAUUUUAAAUGAAUAAGCUUAUUUCUAAAAGUUAUUUUCUGACAAAUACCAUGUAAGUAAAUUACUUAUUGGAAUGUAUCAA